ACACUCCCCCAGGAUAUCGUAACAGGCAAGAUUCGUCCUGUGUUGUGUAUCCUUGAGAUGUUAUUGUCCUCUCACCAGACCUGCCAGAUAGGGUUAGAAAGGAGAUCAGCAAUACAAGUGAGGGACAGGGGCUAUGGGACGUAGCGAUGAGAAAUGAUACAAUAAUAUUUAUAACAUUUAGCUGAUAGAUUAGGGUAUUUCUUUCUAAAAUCUAUAUAUCUAAAAUAAAUUCAGGUCAAGUGAAGUUGGUAUAAAUGAUUAGAUCCUGUACAAGACAGGGAAAAUGGUUAAAUGCCUACUACCUCUGCAUGUGAUAGGAAUGUCUCAUAAAGGAUUCAUCGUUCUCCUGAUCAUCUUUUCAGUACUUCUUCCAGAUGUCCAUCCUAAAGGAAUAUCCUGUGCUCUGCAUGAGAAUGCCUCUUACCCUGUUGGGUUACCUAUGGCGAAAUUUGGGGACGUAAAGGAGCCAGGAAAGAUACGCUGCAAUGAAAGUAACUGCUGUAUGGGAGUGUGGAUUAUCAGCAACGGAGAGUUCCAGCCUGUUGUAUUAGGUUGUUUUCCCUCACAUGCUGUGUGCAGAUCUGAGCUCUGUGUUCCUGAGUACAGGGAAGACAAAUACCAUUGCUUAUGUUCUUCAGACAUGUGUAAUGACAACAUCAGCCUUUCACAGCAGCACUUUCCGCAGAGAUGUGCCCCCUGGAACCUCUCCUGUGAUUGGAUGAGAUCUGCGAGGGAGCAGCCAUGGAAUGCACGCAGAUUCAGUGAUCACGUGGCUGUAUACGUGGCUAUCGUCUUGUUGGUAUUGUGCAUCAUUAUAGUCCCUAUAGUGAAGAAACUGAAACUGUCUGUACUGGUCAGAAGGGAGGACUUGCUGGCCCACCAGGAAACGCCAAUGCAAGGGGAGAACAGCCCCCCAACACUGCCAGUGGAGGGACUCAUUCUGCACAAGGUUUUCUCUUCAUCGGCGCUACAAGAAGAGGAUGUGGCUGCACACCUCUGGCUUGGUGAUCUGUAUGGGAAGGGUGUUAUUAUAAAAUGCUUCCCACCAACAUCAAGAAAGCUUUACAGCCAGGAGUGGCGGAUCCUCAACCUUUUGAUGCCUCUGCAGCAUGAGAACAUUGUCUGCUUCCUGGCAGCCGGUACCGGUACUGCAGGAAUACUGGAACACCAACAGUUUUUAGUCCUUCAGCAUUACCCUGAGGGCUCUUUGAAGCGCUACUUGACUGGUCGAACCACUGAUUGGGACAUUGCUUGCCGAAUGGCCAUUUCCUUAGCCAGAGGCCUGGCCUUCCUCCAUACCAACAUACAGCGUGAAGGCAUAUGGAAACCUGCAAUUGCUCACCGAGAUCUCAGCAGUGACAACAUCUUGGUGAACGCAGAUUCUUCUUGUGUAAUAUCAGACUUUGGUCUGUCUGUGGUGCUAGAGGAUUACCAAAUGAAGAAGAAGCCACAGGAGCCGGCUCCGCUAAACAUGACAGGAACACUACGCUAUAUGUCCCCAGAGAUGCUGGAUGGCUCCCUGAAUCUUAAGUCCUGGGAGUUGGCCCUAACUCAGGUCGAUGUGUAUUCCCUUGGCCUUCUCCUCUGGGAGAUAUUCAGUCGUUGCAACGACUUGUAUGCAGAUCAUCAGUCUCCGGAGUUUCGGGUUGUUUUCUUGGAUGAGCUGGGUUCAAACCCCAGCCUGGAUGAGCUGCGAUCAUUGGUGGUGGAGAACAAACAACGGCCACAACUCCCCAAGAACUGGAACAAAAAUCUCCAGCUCUACAAGACAUUGUGUGAGACACUGGAGGAUUGCUGGGACCCUGACAAUGAUGCUCGUCUGACUGCGCAAUGCGCAGAGCAGAGACUGUGUGACCUAUUUCUCAUGCCCUUCAGUCUGCUGCCAGAGGACGCUCUUCAUAACAACGGGAAUAUCUGAUUCCGGACAUCUCCUUGUCUGAAACAUACAGCAAAAUAAAUCUAAUCUAUUGGGUUAUAUAAUUACAUUUCCUCUUCUUGAGAAUGUCUGGCCGUUUGGCUAUAAAAAGCAUAUGUGACUUUAGGAAAUCAUAGCAAGAACAGGCCACUGUAUACACAUGUGCUAGAGAACAGACAACGCAGUAAAAGUGUUACAUGUAGAAUGUACUUUGGAUGCUUUUUCUUCUGAUAGGGAUUUAAUCCAUGACAGAUUUACUGGAUCAACUGAUUACUCUUCAUGUUAAUAUGCCUGCAGCAGGAGUUAGCCACAUUACAUGAAAUAAUUAGUGUAACAGUGGUGCAUGCAUUUACUAUAGUUUGUCUCAUAUAAGUUGAUCAACCUUAUCAGUGACUCCAUGUUCUCUCUGUACCUGGUGCUCGGUGUCAGAAUCGAUGGUGGAGAGUAGUUGCAUUUAACAUGUAAAAGAUAUUAUUCUCUACUCAAAACAGGUCUGACGCUUUCAUAGCCACUGCUACCUCUCUCUAAGACUCAUGGGGUCUAGUACUUAUCAAGCAAUUCUGACCUUAAGUUAAAAUAUGUGGAAUCUGCUGUUUCCACAUGCUUAAAGACCGAACUAAAUAUGCCUUAAAUUUAACAAGACAUAAAGCAGGAGAUAGCGGAGCUAUCUCCUGUUUUCCACCGCCAGCCCUCGCAUCAGCUCUUCCCAUAGGAGUAGUUUACAAGAUCCACAAAGUGUACAGCAGCUUUCCAGAUCUUGCAUGUGUGGGAAAACUUACUGUCAUAGGGCAGCCCUGCCGGUAAGGGGUCUUGCCAUACCUCUCCCGUACGCUGAAGCUGUUGCAAUUCCAAUUGUGAUAUUUCUGCAUAGUGGAAGAGCAGCUGAAAAGCAGCACAUUAGCCAGGGUCAGAACACGGAAGCAAAGUCAUCUGCCAUGUGAUCACUUUGAUUCUUACUGAUCACCGGAAUGUGCUCUGAAUAGAGCCCAUGUCCUGGCGACUUUGAUUGGAAAUCUCCCCUGAAAAAAAGAAUCCUUAUUGCCACUACAAGGAUUUUUAAUUUUAUGGGGCUGGCCACAAUUUAUAAUAAAUAUGCCACUACGUGCAAUUUGUAAGUUGUGUUUAAACAGUCAUUUGGUCUGAUUCAGAGCCACACGUAAUCCCGAUGUUCUUGUAGUUGGGUGAUUAUUUGCAAUUGUGCAUGGCAAAACAUUCCACAGCCCCCUAUAACCGAUGCAUUACACAGAGUAAAUGAACAAUGGUGCUGUUGUGAUUUAUUCAGAGAAGUGGCAAAAAUUUGAUGGGCGUUCCUGGAUGGUGACUAGGAGGUGGCUUCUAGUGCAUGCAAAAAUGGCCCGUUCAGUGGGUGUAUUAUGGGAGUUGUCAAUGCAAGAGGCUGUGUUCACAAAUGCACAGCCGCAGGCAUAGCGGGACGUGGUCAGACAGGGAAGCUGCACCUGCCAUAGGACUGGUACAAUCUUCGAUGGUGUAACCAAUGGUGGCAUAUAGGACACACCUAUGGGUAGUACAGCGUGCAUGGGUUCUAAAAGUGGGCAUCUCAGUCCUUGCACAUUCAAAUGCACAAAUGUACAAAAGGGGAGGAGUUUGUGGAUCCCUUGCAUAAACUUACAGAUGGGUGACCACCAAUAGACGCUGCUGCGUUUGUUGUGUGCCCGACCCAGGCUCAUUGUAUGAAAUACUAUCUGGCAUUUGCAAUCUGAACUUUAUUUUCCUUUCUGGAUCUUCAGCAUAAAUUCAGAUUACGGCUGAGUUCUUCAUGUAAUGAUCAUUAUUGUCACUUCUCCCAACUUUGCAAAGUCUUUUUUUUUUUUUCAAAAUAUGUUUAUGCGUUUUCAAAAUAUCUCACAAAAAAGGAGAUAUGGAAUAUGUAUAAUGGUACAAGGUGGUUGGGUAAAAGAAUACACAUUCAUUUUUUACAUACGAGUAUAUAAACAGUAAAAAAAAAAAAACACACAAUAGCUAUAAGUCAAAGUGGAUGCAAUUUGAAUUCCCAUGGUCAAAAGGAUAAGUACUGUAUCACAGCCAAAGGAAAAGCAAUUGGCAUGCUAACAUACUAUGUGUUCUCAUAAACUAUGUAUAUAUAUUCUUGUAAUCAGUUCGUAACUUAACAAUAAAGUCUUAAAUAAAG